UGGAUACCAACGGAGGGGGAUAAGUGCUCCUGGUGUUUUCCACUUCCACUUGUUCAGUCCCAGAGCCGGCCCCAGACGGCGAAUAAUCAUCCGAGAAAUUUUCUAAACGUCGUUCAUGAUUUAUCCAGUAAUUCCCUUAGUGGUAUCAAUUUAUCUAUUAAUUGGUAAUAAUUUCGGUGCUGAUUGAAAAAGUGCCACUAGUAUCGUCAACCCCUGGCUCCGUUGGAGAUUGUGCAAAUAGUGGUGGUUGUGAACAAGUGCGGAUUCAUGUAAGCUUUGGAGUAUACCAGGAGGAGAAGACCUCGGCGGGAUUUUCAUUCAACGAAGCUUCAAACAUGCUUGAGAGGAGAUGGCUACUGCUCACACUUUAUGGAAUUUUCUUGGCCUUCGCUGGAUCAGACGCUGUGAAAGCCAGCAGACAAAAAUUCAAAAUAGCAACAACAAGCACAACAACGCAAGCGCCUGACGAUAGCGAAGACGUUGAGGCGACGACUCUGUCCGGAGAUGUUAAUGCAACGACUGGUCACACCUUAACUGGAAUACCACAGAUUGACUACAUAUGGGAUCCAAAUUUGCCUCGUGAACUAAACGGCUACAAUCUCAGUGAAUAUCCAUUCUAUGAUAGUAUACCCAAGGAAAUUGACUUCAAGUGUGACGGAUUGCAUGAUGGUUUUUAUGCUAGUGUGCCACACAAGUGUCAGGUGUACCAUCAUUGUCUCUACGGCACGCGUUAUGACUUCCUCUGUGCGAACUUUACUGCAUUCGAUCAGAAGACAUUCAUAUGUCAUUUUGCGUCAGAGGUUGACUGCGCCAAUUCCAAGAAGUACUGGCAUAGGAAUGAUGCCCUUUACAAAGCAGCGAGUACCACUCCACCGCCCACGCCCUCGACUACAACAACCGUGAGAACAACAACGACAACAUUACCUCCACCAUCGGGUGAAGGUAAUCGUCCCACGAGGAGGAGACGCCCCUUCCGAAGGCGCCCUGCCUACGACUACUAUGAGGAGGACUACUACGACGAUGAGUUUGAUCGUCCAAGAGGCCGGGGAAGUUAUGAUAGACGAGAUGAUUACGAUUACGAGGACAGAAAGUACAUGAGAAGAGAUCGCGAACGAGAUCGUGACAGAGAAUAUAGGGAGAGGGAUGGGCUGCGUAGGGAGACCGAUCGGCCUGAGCGACCUGCCAGGGACGAAAGGGAUCCUGGCAUUGGUAGCCCCCGGGAAAGAUUCCACCCCAGGAAUAAUAGAAGGGACCCCACAAGACCGUUGAGAGAUCCCGUUGAUGAGGACAUCAGGCCCAUCAGAACACGGGAUCCUGAUGACGGAGGGGACGACAGGGGGGAUGAUGACCGUCGUCAUGAGAAAGUUCCCAUAAAAGACGAUUAUGACGAAGAUGGGCCAACGGCGCCAUCAGGCCCAUCAUCCGGAGACAGCCUGGUAAAACCAGCAGCUCCAGCAGCAUCGGUCUACGCGCGUCCACGAACACCUCCUAAAAUCCGAAGGCCUGUACCAUUAUCCGAACAAGACCGAUUCGCCUACAAAGCGACAUCAGUUCAACCGCCCGCUGGAGAUACCCGGAAGCGACCUACCGAAGCACCACUCCUCGACGACGACUACUAUGAUGACGAGCUAGAAGAUAUUCGCCCACGACGGCCAAUGAGACCGAGGAGACCGUACAGAGAACGAGAGAGAACGUUUUACGAUACACCUAGGGACAUACGAGACCGGGAACGUGAUCGACCCUUCAGGAGUCGCUAUCGCGAUGAUGGCGAGGAAAUCAGAUCACGCAAACACCAAGAUCGCCCAAGGGAGAGGUACUAUGAACGCAGCAGAGAUAGAGCACUGGACCGAGGAAAAGAUAGAGUACCUGAACGGGAAUCGAGACCCGCGGGGCGACGUCCACUGGAUAGAGAGGAGAAGGAGGAUCGCGUGAAUGAUGGAAGGGACCAUGAGGUAGUGGAUGGGCUGAAAGAGUCCAGGAAAUCAUACAAACACGGAGAUACAACAAUAACAACAACAACAACAACCUCAACAACGACGACAACUACCACACUACGACCGGAGACAAUGAGACCACCUGAAGAAUCAGAUAAGCAACUUGUAGAUGACGAUUACAGUGGAAAACCCAUAACUACGAAAGGUGACAAGCCGUCGUCUGAUCAUGAGCACUCGAAAGCAGAAGGAACGAAAACCGAGGAGUACUCUGAUGACUACUACGAUGAACCUGAGUAUCCGCCGUCCCCGCCACCGAGGACCGCCGUCAGAAUCGUAAAACGUCCAUUCCUGCCAUCACGCGGGGGGAAUCCCAACCCCAGAGGCUUGUAUCCAGUUGGUGGCAAAGCACCUGAAUCUAGAAAAGAGGUAAACCAUUCACCGGACUCUCAAGAACGUCGAAAGCCUGAGAAAGCAGGGGAUGAAAGACGGAAUUCUGGAGUCGAUGACAAGCGAGUUUAUGAUGCUUACAAGGUGAUCCAAACAGAGGCCCAACAGAAGAGGCCUGACUUCGACCGACCUGUCGCGAGGAGGCCUAUUGAGGAGACCAGAGACAGUGAUGUCAUUCAGGUUGAUAAUGCAGGCUUCAACGGUGUUCAGAGAAGGCCUGAUGAAGAUGAGAGUGAGAGAAAGCCUGCAGUGCCUUGGAACGCCGAGGAGAUUCGAGGUCACGCAGAAACAUCUAGUUCUUAUGGCUCUUAUACGACUGAAGCCAACAGAGUUGACGUUACUGGACCAAGCGGACCUGGCGGCAAGCAGAGAAUUAAUGAAGUGUCUCAUCAACUUCAAGAUAUUCCUGAGAGCGAGUACGAUGUGACCCUCAACGAAGCACUUACACCAUCCUUCAAUCAAGAGUCCAAUCUCCCCAGCGGUUUUGUCCUUCCACUUCAUCGUCAGCUGAUCCGAGAUCCAAUUUUACAAUCAUCGGAUAAUAAUUACAAGAUCUCGAGGCCUUUCAAUCCACAGGGAGGACAGCAGGGGCAUAAGAGCUUUGUUCCCAGCACACAGUUCAAUCCUCUUGGAAAGAUCCCGGAAAAUGAUGAGAGGCCUAGAUCUGUCCAGUACUACAGGACUCCUGAAGCUCAUGGCGGGGGCCAGUACAGAGCCUCCAGGACCCCCUGGCACGAUUACACUGGAUACUGAGGAUACACUGGAUACACUGGACACGCAUCCUUUGAUUAAUUGAAAAUCGCUUGGAGAUGUUGGUACAAGUGGAACUAUCGGAGAGGAGUAUUGCGUUCACGUGCCCCGUGUAGAAAAUUUUUUGUCUUUCAAAUAUCUUUCUGAAGGGUCUUUCAGUGAAACAUCCGAAGAUUCGUCAAAAAAUCACUCCAAGAUAUUCAAACAACAGAAUUUUUUCCACACGGGGGGGAGAUUUGGUUGUUUUUACUGUGGACAAUAACUGGCGCAGCUUCUAUCACACUCUGGAUAAAAUCAUUGCAAUCCUUUCUCCUUCUAAAGUGAAAACACUAUCAGUGAUAAAUAUUUUCAAUUUCUAGGUGAUAAGUUCUGAGCUCUGUGUCUCAACAUAAUUAGAUUUUUUAAAACUCCUGUUGAAGUAUCAACUUUUGGAGGAUACAAAUCCUUGUAAAUACUCAAACAUUCGAUGAUUAAUGAUUAGUUUUCCCUCUUUUCUUUCUCGUUUAAAUUAUUUCACUCCUCCUUGGUCCUCGAAUGAGAGUCGUCGUCUUGAUGUAUGUCAUUUUACUUUAUGUAAAUUAUGUCAGUAUGAUAAUAAAUUUUAGUAUUGUCUUGAG